AUGCCUGAAGAGGGCGUUCCGCUGUCGCCCGAUGGAAGUCUUCUCACAACCCCCGAAAUCAUGCGGCUCGUGAGGCUAUUUGUCUCUUGUGGUGUCACAAAAAUUCGUCUAACUGGAGGAGAGCCUACUGUUCGCAAAGAUAUUGUCGAGCUAGUUCAGCAAAUUGGUAAGGUACCUGGUGUUGAGGAGAUUUGCAUCACUUCCAACGGGAUUGCCCUUCACCGCAAGCUGGCUGCGCUUCACGCUGCAGGGCUCACCUCGCUAAACCUGUCUCUUGACACCCUUGUUGACGGAAAAUUUCUUUUGAUAACACGGCGCAACGGACUGAACGCAGUUUUGAAGUCGCUCCGGACUGCGCUCGAGCUCGGAGUUCGCAAGGUGAAGCUCAAUGUCGUCGUCAUGAAGGGCAUCAACGAGGACGAGGUGCUUGAUUUUGUCGAGCUUGCACGAAACUCCGAGAUCGAAGUGCGCUUCAUAGAAUACAUGCCUUUCGAUGGAAACAAGUGGCAGCUCUCCAAGAUGGUAUCGUACGAGGAUAUAUUAUCCAAUAUUCGAGCCUAUCACGAGGUGCUGCCCGUGGACCACAGUCAUGGUGACACCGCAAAAGUUUUCCAGAUACCUGGGUUCAAGGGAAGAAUUGGCUUUAUCACGUCGAUGACUUCUAACUUCUGCUCUACAUGCACCAGGUUGAGGAUUACCUCUGAUGGAAAUCUAAAGGUGUGUCUCUUUGGCAACGACGAAGUUUCGUUGAGGGACUUACUGCGGAGCGGCACAGAAGACGCAGAGCUACUGAAGUACAUCGGUACAGCUGUCAAGAAUAAAAAAGAGAAACAUGCAGGACUCGGCGAGCUAGAGAACAUGCCAAAUCGUCCAAUGAUAUUAAUCGGUGGGUAG